AUGGGGGACAAAAACAAACAAAGUCGCCCCAAACGUAUUUUUAUCAACGACGUCGACAGGUAUUCCUCCAAGCACAUCGCUAAGUUUUUAUCAACAUGCACAGAGACGUCUGAAGAUGCUGAAGCAGAGGAGACGUCUGCCUCCCCUGCUGGUCCACCUGUUUUUCACAUAGUUGCAACUGUGUCCUCUUCCUCCAAACAUGAGACAGCUAAAUUUCUGCUGGAACAAUACAAGUCACCAUCCCGAGAUGAGCUUCUUGAGCGCCUGCUGGAGUGUGAUGUGGUUGUGUACAACAUCUCAGAAAAUACAACACAACAGCAGGUUGAAGAGGCAACAUGGGCACUCACAGCCCUUCAGGCUCAGAUGGAGAACUUCAAGAGUCGGAAAAUGUUCAUCUUAGUCUCGACGGUGAUGACGUGGGCCGCGACCAAGCCACAAAAUCCGGUAAGCCUGGAGAAAAUUCAGGCUAACUGUCCUGAUGAACCAGAUGUUCUGUUAACAGAGGAAGAGUUCAGAAGAAGAAGGCCUCAUACCAGUUUCAAAAACCACAACAAUCUGGAGAAACUUGUGCUCAAACUGGGCAGAGGUAAAAAAUCCAAGCUUAUCGGCUUUGUUGUAGCUGCCGGUCUUCAGUAUGGAAAGGGAGAGAACCUCUUUCACUUCUUUUUCAAGGUGUCUUGGCUGAUGCUGUGUCCAAAAGUUCCUGUAUUUGGAAAUGGCACAAAUUUCAUCCCCAUGAUUCACAUAUAUGACCUCGCAGGGGUGAUACAGAACAUCAUUCAACUCAAGCCAAAGUCAAAGUAUAUUCUUGCUGUCAAUGAUGCCAAGAACACUUUGGAAGAGAUUGUAAAGAUGAUAAGCGAUGUGCUUGGGCCAGGGGAAAUGAACAAACUACCAGAACAGAAAGCCAUCACUAUGAAGGCUUUUAAGCCAGAGGAACUGGAAUACCUGAGUAUCAACCUCCGCUUGGAUGCUUUUAUUAUCAAAGACUCCUUCAACAUCCGCUGGACGUCUGAAACUGGGAUGGUUGAGAACAUGGAGAGCAUUGUGGAAGAAUACCAAAAAACCAGGCAGCUACUUCCAGUCAGGAUCUGCCUUGUUGGACCUCCAGCUGUGGGUAAAACCACCAUUGCAGAGAAGCUCUGCAAACAUUACCAAAUACACCACAUCAAGAUCCAAGAGGUCAUUGAAGACAAGACCACACAACUGAAUGAAAUAGUGAAUGGAGCUGACACUGGGUAUGUCAGUGAAGAUGUGGUGGCUGCUGCACAGAGACAACUGGAAAAUAUCAACAGAAGCAAGGAAAUGAAUGAAGGUCGACUCCCUGACCAUCUGGUUUUUGACAUUUUACAAGAAAAGCUCAGUUCAAAGCCAUGUAGGAACCAUGGAUUUGUUCUUGAUGGCUUCCCUAAGACUUAUGAGGAAGCAAAGCUGAUUUUCUCUGAUGAGGACAUGGAGAACCAAGACUCGACGUCCAAAGCUCCUCUGUACAACAAGAAAAUCACUCCAGAGCAUGUUUUUGCACUAAAUGCCUCUGAUGAUUUCCUGACAAAAAGAGUACAAGGACUUCCAGAGAAUGUAGCAGAGAAAAUGUGCUACACCGAGGACAAGUUUAUCUCCCGUCUGAUGAGAUACAAACAACUCAGUGACGCUGAGGAAACCCUGCUGGACUUCUUUGACGAGCUUGAGAUUCACCCAGAACAUAUUGAGGUGGACACAGAUGAUCCAGAGUACACAGACGUUAUGAAGAAGAUCACCGAGAUGGUGGGGGUCCCCAAGAACUACGGCCUCAGCCCAGAGGAACAGGAGGAGGAGGACAGACGGCAAGAGGAAGAGAGGAAGCAGAAAGUGGCCACUGAAGCAGCUGAGAAGAAACGCAGGAACGAGGCUACGUUGGCUCAAAUGGCUGCUCGGUAUGAGGAGUGGCAGAAGAAUUUGUCUGAGGUGAAGAGGCAGGAAUGUGAGCUGCUGGAAGCUCACUGUAUUCCCCUGAGGAACUACCUGAUGAAGUAUGUGAUGCCCUCGCUCACUGAGGCCAUGUUAGAGUGCUCCAAGAUCAAACCAGAGGACCCUGUUGACUUUUUGGCUGAGCAUCUUCUUCGAAACAACCAACAAGAUUAA